UCGUGAUGUCGAUUUUUGUGUAUUUUUUAACAAUACGUUUAAUUCCGAGGAUAAAAGAUAUGUUUAUUAAAGCUAACCUAUACGGCAUUGAUAUGAAUAAGAAGAGUGAUGAAAAAGUGCCUGAAGCUUUAGGUGUUGUCACUGGAUGUCUUUUACUUAUAACAUUAAAUUAUUUAUUUAAUGACAUAAACUUCCCUCAUAAUGAGUUUAUGGAGUUUUUGGCAGCUUUACUCUCAAUUUGUUGUAUGUUACUUUUGGGUUUUGCUGAUGAUGUUUUGGAUCUUCGUUGGCGGCACAAAUUAUUAUUACCAACUAUUGCUUCUUUACCACUUUUAAUGGUGUACUAUAUUAACUUUAACUCUACAUUAAUUAUUGUGCCAAAACCCUUAAGACCAUGGUUUGGUUUUUCUAUGGAUCUUUGGAUAUUUUAUUAUUUAUAUAUGGGGAUGCUAGCAGUAUUUUGCACAAAUGCUAUAAAUAUAUUAGCUGGUAUAAAUGGUUUAGAAGUUGGACAAAGUUUAGUGAUUUCAAUAAGCAUUCUUUUGUUUAAUGUAAUAGAGUUAUCAGGGGAUCUUUGGAAAGCACAUCAAUUCUCAUUGUAUUUCAUGCUUCCAUAUAUAGCUACAUCAUUGGGUUUAUUAAAAUUUAAUUGGUACCCAGCCCAGGUAUUUGUGGGUGAUACUUUUUGUUAUUUAUCUGGAAUGACAUUUGCUGUUGUUGGUAUUAUUGGGCAUUUCAGUAAAACAACAUUACUAUUUUUCAUUCCACAAAUAAUUAAUUUUCUUUAUAGUAUUCCACAAUUAUUUCAUUUUAUACCAUGUCCUAGGCAUAGAUUACCAAAAUAUAAUAAAAAAACUGAUAAAUUAGAAGUUAGUACUAUAGUAUUUAAUAAACAAGAUAUCAGCAGAAUAGGUAAAAUUAUAACAUGGAUAUUUAAGAAAUUAAAUGUAAUAAAAUGGCAAGAAGAUGACAAAGGUGUUGUUAUUUGCAAUAAUUUUACAUUAAUAAAUUUUGUACUUAUUAAAACUGGUCCAGUGAAAGAACCUACACUUACAUUGAUUUUAUUAUUAAUUCAGGUUAUUAGCAGUUCAUUAGCAUUUAUCAUAAGAUAUCCUCUUGCUUCAAUCUUCUAUGAAUUUUAA